AUGUCGCGUACGGGAGUAUUAGUAAUGGGACCAGCCGGAGCUGGUAAAUCAACAUUUUGCAACUCAAUAAUAUCUCAUAUGCAAUCAAUUGGCCGCCGAGCACACAUUGUCAAUUUGGACCCCGCGGCAGAGCCAACUGAAUUUGAAUUCACCAUUGAUAUUCGUGAUUUGAUUUCAUUACAAGAUGUGAUGGAAGAAUUAGACUUGGGUCCCAAUGGUGGGUUAAUAUAUUGUUUUGAGUACUUGUUACAGAAUUUAGAUUGGUUAGAUGAAGAAAUUGGCGAUUAUAAUGAUGAAUAUCUCAUAUUUGAUAUGCCAGGACAAAUUGAGUUAUAUACACAUAUCCCCGUUGUGCCGACAAUAGUUAAUCAUUUAAAACUGAGUCUCAGUUUCAACUUAUGUGCUUGUUAUUUAUUAGAAUCACCGUUCAUUAUAGAUUCAUCAAAGUUUUUCAGUGGUGCUUUGAGUGCCAUGUCAGCAAUGAUUUUGUUGGAGUUACCUCAUAUUAACAUCUUGUCCAAGAUAGAUUUGAUUAAAGAUGAAGUAUCGAAACGGAAAUUAAAACAGUUCUUAAACCCUGAUCCAUAUUUAUUAGCAAAACAAGAAGAUGAAAUAAAUCCUCAAUUCACCAAGAUGACCAAGAGUAUAGCUAAUUUAAUUGAUGAUUUUGGCAUGGUGCAGUUCUUACCAUUGGAUUGUUCAAAAGAUAGUAAGAGUGUGGAGAAUAUAUUGAGUUAUAUUGACGAUGUAACACAAUGGAGUGAAGCUCAAGAACCGAAGGAACCUAAUGACGAAAUUGAAAUUCCCGAUGAAGCAUUUUAA